AGAGGGAUAGCUCAACGGAAAAAAGAAAAGCACGUUCACCGCUAGCAUUCGCUACAUAAAUAAAGUCUAAUAAGGAAAAGCAUGUUCCACUUGUCUUGUCCCAGGAACGGUGAACCCACCACUAUAUAUAAUCUCCUUCAACCUUCUCUGUUCUGCGUAGGAUCAUACCCCCCAACUUAUCCACUCUCUCUCUCUGUGUCUUUCUCUUGGGGUUAAAAAAACACUAAUAACCAAAGUUGCAAAAAAAGGUUCAUUAACAAAUGGCUUUUGAGCAUGAAGACUUCUUUACCCAAGAAUGGAAAGCCAUUCCAAAUUCUGGCACAGAAACAGAAAAAAAUUGUGACAGUUGUUUUGAUUGCAAUAUCUGCUUAGACUUUGCACAUGAACCAGUAGUCACACUCUGUGGUCACCUUUACUGCUGGUCCUGUAUUUACAAAUGGCUCUUUGUGCAAAGUGCCUCUCUUGCACCUGAUGAGCCACCACAGUGUCCAGUUUGCAAGGAUGGCAUAUCUCACACCAAAAUGGUCCCUCUCUAUGGCAGGGGCCAGACCCUCUCUCGCUGUGAUCGCGACAGUGACGCAAAACCUACCCUUGAAGAUAUUUCUAUACCGCCUAGACCACCUGCAUCAGGGAUUCAAUCUCUAUUGGCAAUGGCAACAUCGCCUCAAAAUGGAAGUCGUCAGCAACUUCCAUAUCGUAAUCCUUAUCAGACUCAACACAUUAAUUCUUCUACAUACCAAGAUAAUGACACACCACAAAUGCAUAAUCUUGGUACCUUUAUGACACCAUUAUUCCCUCAAUUUGUCUUUGGCUUUGGCAACUCAGAAAAUUCACAUCAUAUGGUUGGAAAUAGUAGCUCUAGGUGGAGAAGGCAAGAGAUGUUGGCAAACAAAUCAUUGAACAGAAUAUCCUUUUUUCUCUUUUUAUGCUUUCUCCUGUGUUUUAUUCUCUUCUGAGCUAGCCAUUGAGUCUUUUUCUCUAUUUCCCUAGAUGUAUAAUUUGUAAAGAAGCAUUGCACAGGUGUAACCUGUAAGCAUAAGAAUGGGACUGAUAAUGUUGUUGUAUGUUAGGCUAAAGAACUUCUGCUCUUUAGGCAUUUAUUUAUUUAUUUAUUAUACAAUAUUUGAGCUGGAUGUAUUGUAUGAAGUCCUUCCAUUAUUUAAGCGGUUUGAUCGCGAUUUUCAAGUAGUUUAAAGCAGUUGAACCAUGACUCGGAAUUCUUACAUGUUUGAGUGUUUUGACGGUUGAUUCAGUAUAUAAAUUAUUGGUUCACUUUGUCCUA